CUGCUGGCGUCACGGGGCGUCUGAAUGGCGGGCUGGCUUUAUAAAACCUCUGCCAGCCUUCUCGCACGAGUUGGAAGGCCACUCGUCUCCGCGGUCGGUAACGUGUGCACGCGCAGCAAAGUCCCACAUCUUCAGCAUCCUCAGUCUUCUCCCUGGAGGACAGCGCAGAGACAGCUCGGCACCAUGAGGUCCUUCGUCCUCCUCUUCUUCACCCUGCUGUUGGUGUCCCGCGGAUCUUCAGCCGUCAUUACUGGGGCCUGUGAGAAGGACUAUCAGUGUGGGGGAGGGAUGUGUUGUGCGGUGAGUUUGUGGAUGCGCAGUCUGCGUAUGUGCGCGCCCGCGGGACAGGAAGGAGACGACUGUCACCCCCUGAGCUACAAGAUUCCUUUCAAUGGAAAAAGACUCCACCAUACUUGUCCCUGCCUGCCCAACCUGAUGUGCAUCACCUUAGAGGAGGGGAGGAACAAAUGUCUCUCGCCACUCAAGUAUCCAGACUACUUCCUCUGAGGACCAACACUUGUUUUCUUUGUUUAUUUUGAAUAAAGAUAUAUAUUUAAUAA